CUGGCUGCCAGAAUCAUUUUGGCUUUUCAUCGACCAACAUUAACAACAACGAUUUGAUUGUUUUGUGUGUCACAAUCGGAUUUCAAUCAAGAUUUUUUCGUUUGUGUGUGUGUGUCAUUUCGAUGCAGUGAUCAGCAUAAUGAUGAAACCAGUGAUGCAUUUCAUCCUGUUGGCGUCAUUAUUAUUUUGUUCGUUAGUUACAGGAACAAAAAUCGAUAGUCAUCAUCAGCAACAACAACAAUCAUCAUCCGCAAUAUCAAAAAAUGAUAGCCAAAAAAAUGAACUUCGCGCCCAAAGUCGAAAUUCUGAAUCGGAUAAAAAAACCAAUUAUAAAGCCGUUGCUGAUAUGCAUUCAAUUUAUCAACAACAUUUGAUUGGACCAAAUGUAGCAUCAGCUAUUCAACCAUAUGAAAAAAAUUCCGAUAAACGUGAUCUAUGGUCUCGUUUUAGUAGCAAAGAAGCAUCAACUAGUGAAGCGAAUGGUAAAAAAGGAAGAUUGCAAACAGUUGGAUCAGUUAUUGGUGAUAUAAUCGGUGUUCUGGUAUCGGAAAUUGCACGAUUUUUCGGCUCGGUUGUUAGUGAUGUUGCACGUGAAGUGACAGCUCAUGGUUUUGUUUCAUUAUUCAAACAAAUUGCCGAUUUAACUGGAAUUUCGCGAAAUAGUAAUCAUGGUCAUGGAACAGCAACAGCGGGCUAAAUCACCAAAUUGAAAAACUUUAUUUUACAGAAUUGCAUUUUA